CGCGAUAUAUAGGCGGUGGACGGAGCUUGUCGGUCGGUCGGUCGCCCUCGCGCGUCAGGCACGUCGCAACCCCCAACACCGUAGCAUCGCAGGUCGCCGGGUCUCCCGACCAUGAGAAGAGGAUCGUCGGGUGCCGUCGCCGCCGGCCGUUAUCACGGGACCUCGUCUCCGCUAGCGUCUAUACCGUACGCGUCUACAUCGCCGCUUUGGUCGGAUCGGAAAUAAAAGCCGGCGUCUGGGAACCGUUGUCAAGGGCCAGCGCGCGGGAAAACCGGUGACACGGACCUCUUCUGGGCUGAUCUCGCGGCUGCGGGAGAAAAAAAAGAAAAAAAGAGGGGGAUAGAGGAAUCGGAGCGUCGAUUCUCGAAAAAGUCGCACGGAACGGGAGGAAGAGGCAGAAGGUGGUGAUUAUACGGCAUGCGAUCUUGAGAGCACGCACAAACAGGUGGCGAGGCGGGAUCUCUCGCGGAGGACUCGGUGGCUGGCGAAAAAGAGGGCAAUCGCGCGGGAAGAGUGGAAAUACGACACGCGUGUGCGACAAAAUACGCGCAGGUUUGCAGACGCAACGGCACGGCUUCUGAUGAAUCUGCGCGGACCGACGACGUCCCCCGAACCGAUCGAGACGCGUUCUCGACGCUUAACAUCGAGGCGCCAUUUUCUACACUACUAGAACCCAAACAAGGUAAUUUGGACAAUCAAUCACCGCUGUGAAGAUCAACUGUGGGGAGACACCCUUCUGGUCACGAUCUGCAUCAUGCUCAGUCCUAAGAUGCAAAAAACUGUGAGGGUAAAUGACUCCCAGCUGGUUAUGCUCUCAGAAAAAGCACAUUACGAUCAUUUGCUGUCAGGAUAUUUGUACAAGCGGACAGCUGAUUCCACCAAGUGGCAACAACGAUGGUUCGUUCUCUAUCAGAAUCUGCUAUUCUAUUACGAGAACGAGACUUGCUCACGACCCAGCGGCGUCGUUCUGCUGGAAGGCUGUUAUUGCGAUCGACUCAUCACCGCCAAAGGCAAAGAGCCGGAUAAACAGCACUGUUUCGCGAUAUCGUACAGAAGGGAGAACCAACGGCAAUAUGAGCUAAAAGCGGCCACAGAGACGGAGUGCAAAGCGUGGAUCGAUGCGAUACGAGAAGCUAGUUUCAACAAAUUGUUGCUACAAAAGGAGGAGCUCGAGCAGAAGCAUCUGCACCUGUUGCAAAUCGUCGAGAGCGAGAAAACGGCCAAGUGGCAGUGCACCCAGGAAUGCGAAGAAUUGACGUCGGAAAUAAAAAAGCUUCGAGCAGAGCUGUGCGCCCUGAAAAAGGAUCUGAGGCCUUCGAUAGUACCGAUAUACUCGAGUCGACCGAUGGUUCAAAGAACCAUGUCCCAGGGUACCGGAACUUUGUACACCACGUUCCAAUCAUGCGGUAGCGGUAUCCAUGGUCCCGCCUUCGCUCCUGGAUUACGUGAAAUCUCGGAGAACUCUAUCGAGAUGCAAAAAGUGAAGAAGGUCCAGAGCUUCUUCAGGGGCUGGCUAUGUCGACGGCGUUGGAAGCAGAUUGUUGAACAAUAUAUCAAGAGUCCGCACGCCGAGAGCAUGCGCAAACGGAACAGCCUGGUAUUCCAAAUGGUGGAGGCCGAGGAGGAGUACACGGAGCAAAUGGAAAUUUUAGUAAGCUGUUUUCUGAGGCCUUUCAAGAUGGCUGCCAGUUCAAAGAAACCCCCAUGUAGUCACGAGGACGUGAAUAGCAUAUUUUUGAAUAGCGAAACUGUGCUGUUUCUCCAUCAGAUCUUUCUGAAGGGUCUCACUUCGCGUAUGGAGAGCUGGCCCACUUUAGUUUUAGGUGACUUGUUCGACAUGCUGCUACCGAUGUUAUCCAUAUAUCAAGAGUACGUGAGAAAUCACCACUAUAGCCUUCAAGUGUUGACUGAGUGCAAGCAAUCGUCACCGUUCGUGGCGUUGCUCAAUAGGUUGGAGAACAAGACUGCCUGCCACGGACGAUCCCUGGAGACUUUUCUUACAUAUCCCAUGCAUCAGAUUCCAAGAUAUAUAAUUACUUUGCACGAGUUAUUGGCGCAUACGCCACAUGAUCAUGUGGAACGUAAGAGCCUCCAGAAUGCCAGGCAACAGCUGGAGGACCUCUCGAGGCAAAUGCACGACGAGGUCAGCGAGACCGAAAAUUUAAGAAAGAAUCUAGCAGUCGAGCGAAUGAUUGUCGAGGGAUGCGAUAUUUUACUGGACGUCAAUCAGGUCUUUGUCAGACAGGGUACGCUCAUACAGCUCAUCGACAAGCCGCGCGGUGCGCGAAGCAGAUUGAGUGCAACUUUCGGCGGCAAAGCCGCGAGCGACAGGGAGGCUGUCAGACAGUGCUUUCUCUUUUCAAAUCAUCUGUUGCUCACGACGCGCCAGUCCGAUGACGACGGUCGUUUAAAUCUCGUCCCGCAGAUUGGCAAGAUACCCCUUUCCGACGCGGUACUGAUUGAAGAUCCGAGCGAUCAGGGUGUCACGGAUGACGAUGGACUGUCAGUAUGUUCGAUGUCAAGCGGCAUUAGCGAAAGCAGCGGAAGCGGUAGCGGCAGCGGGACUUCCCAAUUACAAAAUCGCGACUUCAAGAUUGUGCUUGAUAUAAAAUCCGGUGGACCGCAGGUGAUCGUCCAUCUCGUGGCGCCUACUAUGCAAGAAAAAGCGGCGUGGGUCAGCGACAUCAGUCAAUGUAUGGAUAAUGUACAUUUUAACGAUCUGCUCCACGGAUCGUUGUCGGACACGAGCUCCGUCACGAUGCCGCAGUCUAUCCGAAACGAUCCGAAGCUGUUCAAGGAUGACGUGGACAUCAGAUUCUGUCGUACUUUAAAUUCCUGCAAAAUACCACAGAUCCGUUCCGCGACACCCGAACGGCUGCUGCAGCGACUGACCGACCUCAGGUUCCUCAGCAUCGAUUUUCUAAACACAUUUUUGCUGACGUACCGGGUGUUCACCGAUGGCGUCACAGUGUUGGAGGCCCUCAAGAAAGUUUUCUACGAAGCUGAGCCGCCGGACGCGCAAAUCCCUCCCACCGGAUCCCUCGUAUCCUUAGAUGUAUUAGGAGCAAAUGCAAGCGACACACAAUCGUACUCCGAGGACCGAAGAAAAAGUAGCUUUUCACCGAGGCGAACUAGCGGCGCUAGCUCAGUAUCAGGAUAUGGAUCAGAAGUGAGUGAUUCUCGUGACGCGAGAUCCACUGACGCUAAUACCAGUGGAUAUAAUUCGAAAAGCCAUUGGCGGGCUGGUUAUAAGAAGCUGGAGGAAGAACAACCCCUCGGUUUUAUUUCUGAGGCCCCGAUCAUAAAACGCAGCCCAACGUCGCAAACAGCCAGUCCAGCCAGUUCAAUACAAUCUCCAAUCAUGCCACGAAAAAUUAGCAUUCGUGUGGAUAAUCAGGACGCCGAGGAUGACGGAUGUCACCUAACGAUACCGAAAGUAAUAGCCGUGUCGUCCAGUUCCGAGACACUCACAGACGUUACAGGAAUCAGCGCACCAUCCUCGCCAAGUAAUUUGAGUUCUGUAACGCUAGUUGGUUCGACGGAAUCCGGAUCCGGAUCCGGAUCCGGAUCUGGAUCCGGAUCUGGAUCGGAUCCCAGUCCUCAAGAUGGAGGCACUUACUCACGUCAUAUCUCGGAAAUUGAUACAUCUAUCUCGAAUGAAGAGGGAAAAGCAGUACAAUUUACUUAUGACGACAUACCGCUACCAUCGCAAUCAGCUGAGCCUGUCAAGUCAGACACGCCGAAAACGCCGAAAACACCGAAAACGCCAAAAACAUCGAACAUUCAGAAAACGCCCGAUACUCCGAAAACGCCGAAAACACCGAAAACGCCGAAAACACCGAAAACGCCGAAAACACCGAAAACGCCGAACACUCCAAUAACACCGAAAACACCGAUAACACCGAAUACACCAAAAACGCCGAACACACCGGAAACGCCGGAUACGAUGAAAACGCCGGACACACCGAAAACACCGAAAACACCUAAAACGCCUAUCUCUCCGCUGAUAAAGGAGUCUAAAGAGAGUAAAGAGGAGCAAACUUCAUCGACCGACGAAGAGAGUGUAACUUCUCCUAAACCAAGUAGUCAAUCGACACAGCAGAAUCAGCAGCAACAGUAUUCGGAGCAUAGGGCAUCGAUCGCUUCUGCUCCAGCAGCUACUGGCCCAAGGAGCGGCUCUGUCUCCACCAUAACUGGCAAUUAUUGGGUAAGCAGACGGUCGAUACAUGAUGAGAACUCUUCGCAGCAAAGCGGCUAUCAGCAUGACACACAGGUUUCCAGCAAGGCCGGUGUAGUAAUAACUAGCUUCCGGCAGAGUCAUCGAAGCAUUGGACCUGAACCUAUCUGGAGCAGUACGUCCACGGCGGCGACCGCGUUUGCCAUCGCGACCUCCGCUUCAAGCAAUCCACCGGACAUCCGGCCCCCCAACGCGAAUGACGGCCGUGGUCGGGAUAAGAACAGGCGAAAGGAAUCGGUGAUGUCAACCGCCGCCACGAUGAGGGUGUUGAACGUCCUGAGGCACUGGGUAUCCAAGCACGCUCAGGACUUUGAGAUGGAUCAGAAAUUGAAGAGCAUGACGAUCGAGUUCUUGGAGGACAUCAACUACAGUCCCAAUUUGCUACCGGCCGAACAUAAGGCAGCUACUCAGCUUCUCAGACUGAUCACCAAGGAAGAAACCGAGACUAACAAAGUCGACCUCAAGAAACUACUGACUCCACCAACAAUUCCAAGUAAGGAAAGCAUCGAGACACUAUCUGCGCUCGAAAUUGCGGAACAGAUGACGUAUCUGGACCAUCAUAUAUUCGUCUCUAUCACCAGCGAAGAAUUUCUUGGACAAGCAUGGAUGAAGACGGACAAGGCGACUCGCGCGCCUAAUAUUCUUCUGAUGACAAAGAGAUUCAACGAAGUGUCGCAGUUAGUUGUCUCAGAGAUUAUUCGUCGCUCCAACAUGACGGCCAGAAUCGCGGUUAUCGAGAAAUGGGCGGCAGUCGCUGACAUCAAUAGGGUACUGCAUAAUUAUAACGGCGUGUUACAAAUUUGUGCGGCGUUCACGAAUAGCAGUGUGUACAGACUGAAGAAAACUUGGGAUAAAGUCUCCAAAACGACGAGGCAGACGAUAGAAAGACUACAACAUAUCGUCUCAUCCGACGGGCGCUUUAGAAAUUUACGGGACGCUUUGCAUCGAUGCGAUCCACCCUGUAUCCCUUACUUAGGUGUCUAUCUCACCGAUCUCUCAUUUAUCGAAGAGGCUUCUCCAAACAUAACCGAUGGUCUUUUGAAUUUUUCAAAAAUGAGAAUGAUUUCUCAUCGUAUUCGCGAGAUACGACACUUCCAGCAAACUCCUUAUAAGAUUGAAUUAGACACUAAAGUAACCAACUAUCUGCUGGACACGACACUCCUACUGAACGAGAAGGAUCUGUAUCGUAUGUCCUUGGAGCUCGAGCCCAGAACAUCCAAGUUAACUACUACAAACUUGAUCGAUCUACCCCCUUCGGUCAGCAGCAACAUGUCUACAAAAUGAAUUCACUCCAUCUCGAUACAUCGUGAAGUAACUCAACUUUAUCUUCAUUUCACGAUGAAUGAAAAAGAGAAGUCUAGGUUGAAAAGAAUUUACUAUUUGUUGCGACCGGCCGAUCGUUACGACGAUUGCGAAUGCGUGACUCGUCGUGUUAUCAGCCCCGUCCAGUUCUGUCCACCUUCGCUUGUAACGUAACGUCCGUUAACUUCCGUUGUCAUUUCAGUUGCGUAAGAUUUAUAUGAAUAAGCUCAACAAUGAUCUCAUCGUCGCACAGAAUCGGCCUCUGAUUCGCGAAAAGAAAUUUAUCGUUGUCAUUUAAUAGAUGUAGCAAUUACAAAAAGCAUAGCGAAACUAAUUGAAUCUCAACGAAACUUCCGUGUUGUCGGAACUGCUAUCGGAUAUCUUUUAAUUACUUUUUCUCUCAUUAUUACUACAGUUAAUUGUGUUCCUACUUAAAACUUUAAGAUAACAAAUGUCUAUUUCUAUCGUAAUCCAAAGUUGCAAUUGGAGAGAAAUGACAAAGAAGAUCGCAGAUUUUAGCAAGAGCAUUUAAUAGUAACGUGUACAGAUUCUAAAGAUUUAAAUGCGUGGUUGUACAUAAAAUCUGCUGAAAAUAAGAAUACAAAGUGUUAAUUAAUAAUGAAUGUAGAAACAACAUGAUUAUGCUUAAACACUCUCUCCGUGUUGUUGAUAAAAUAAUAAUCUCACUCAGAAAUGUGGUCAGUUUGAUCUGUCCGAUGCAUAUUUCCGAUGAAUUUUUUACGAAAAUAGAGGCUGCUGUUAACACCGACGAAAUGAUCUCGGUGAAGGCGGCAAAGAAUUGAUUUUAGUUUAACCAAGCUCAAUUGAGCCAGUAUUAUUGCUGCGCGAGACAUAUAAGCAGUUCAAACGAGUACGUUUAAGAAAAUCGUGAAAAAGCAUGUGAAAAGUGAUUGGAAGCUGUAUUCUGACAAUCAGUAGCGUAAUAAUAUCGCUAUUUUCCGUUUAUUGCUACGAGUAUCAAAGGAAAGAAAUUCGCUUGUCAAACAGCUGACAACAAAUUCAUUAACCAUCAUUUUUUCCCAAAAUUAUACAUAAAUAUAUUACAAUAUUUUUAUUAAAUAAUUCGUUUUGUUAACAUAUCUCUAUUAUAUCAUUUUCAAUACUAAUUUUGAUUUUAAUACUUAUUGUUAAAAUAAUAUUUAUAAAUUCUAAAUACUUAAAAACUAUAUAUACAUAUGCUAGUUUUCUCUGUUUGCCAAGCGAGAUAUAAAUCUUAUACAAGAAGGUAUAUACAUAUCAAUUAUAUAUUUAACAUAAUUCCAGAUCAAUGUCUCCCUCGCCCGCCUCUAUAAUUUUUAUUCCACAUUUAUAUCAAUAACAACACAUGACCAGAUAGUUUGAAACCGAGAUUCCGUUGACACACGCACUACAAAAGAUAAAAGAAAGAGGCGGGAUCUUAAGCGAAAAAGUUAUAUACAUAUAUUAUAUAUACAUAUAUAUAUACACCCAUCUAUUUUUAGCUUUACGUUUAUUAAGAAACUUUCGGAUGCAUUUCUGCAUCAGCAAAACUCAACGGUCCCGCCGUGCAGAGUGCACACGAUCUUUUCGAGCUCAAGUAUAUGGAAAUCUUGGCGUGACCAGGCAUUUUUAAUCAAAUACGCGAGAAGGAGAGUUCUUUCCCGAGGCGCCGCCUUUCGAAAAGGCGAUAAGUAAAGAGUCGAAAGACUCUUUUGCGUUUGUAUUCGUUAAAAUUCAAAAGUGCCCCUAAUUAAAAGUCGUGCCACGCACGGAUCGGAUCAUUAGAACAACGCGUGUAGGCAUUCCGAUUAAUCAGGGUUUACUCUCAGACAUUCGGAAGAAAACAUGAUAUGUCGAAACGAUAAAACUGGAUAUAUUUAUAUUCUCCUUUCGCAAAGUCUACGUUCCUCGAAGACGACGUGCGACCAAUUAAUUAAUUAUAAAUAUUGAAAGCUCGUUACUCCUAUCAAAUUGUAGCUAUCGUUAAAAGUCGAUUCGACUAUAAUGAGUGAUCCGUAGAUCACUUGUGCGUCUUAUGCCUCUAUCAUUUAUGAUUUACGUGCUGUUCUAAUCCGAUACUAUUGUAUCAUCUCUGCAGUAGGGGCGUAGAAAAAGUAUAAAAAUAUCAUGAAAAAUAUCAAAAAUAAUUACCUCUUAAAUUGUAUUAAUUGGAUCUUGAAACAUUCUAUUCUAAAUUGAAUUGCAUAAUGCAAUCAAUUUUAGAAAAAUUUCCUAGGAGAUUUUUCAAUAUAGCUUGUUGGACAUAAAGGAUGAAUAAAAUGUACACUGAAAGAAAACGAGUUUAGCAAUAAUAACCAAACUUUGAUGAAAUAAUUUUAAUUAAAUAUUUAUUUGAUAAAACUAAUAUUUAUUAAUUAUAUUAAUAGUAAUUUUUCAAAUAUAAAUAGUAACCAAACUACUAAAUAUUACUAAAUAUUUAGUUAUAUUAACCAAAUAUUUAAUGGAAAUUAAUUCACCACAGGUUUAGUAACCAUGUUCUAAACUUGAUUAUUAUUAGCAAACUGUUUUUUCAGUAUAAAUUGUACAAUCUAUUGGUAUUUAACAUAACAAACAUAAUUAAACGUGUAUUAUAUGUAAAACAUUCGUCAUGGUGAAAAUUAUUUCAAAACAUUACGUAGGUUUGUUUGAUAAUUACGACGCAUCUAGUGAGAAAGCAAAUACAAUUGAAAGUUCAAAGAUACAGUAGAAAGAAGAGAAAAGAAGAGAAAUAGAAUUUGCGAUCAAUCUUUUACGGAUAAUUUUAUAAUUAGACGAGGCAUAUCACGUUGUCGCAAUCAUUUAAUUAUUAAUAUCUUUUAAGAUCCGUAUUCCUAUGUGCUCACAUUGAAAAAAAAAAAAUUUGAUAGUAAUAAUCAAACUUUGAUGAACUAAUUUUAAUUAAAUGUUUGAUUAACACAACCAAAUAUUUAGGAUUAUUUAGAAAUUAUGUUACUAAUAACCCCUCAAACAUAAUAAUAAUCAAUCGAUUAUUAAACGAUCGGUUACCAAACGAUUACUAAAUAUCACAUAAUAUUUGAUUAUAUUAAUUAAAUGUUUAAUUAAAUUAUUUUAUCAAAGCUUAGUAACUACUAUCUAGGCUUGAUUAUUAUUAUCAAACUCUUUUUUCAGUGCACGUAACUGUAAAAUUUCAGAUACCACACAUGAAAACGUUCGAAUGUUUUUGUUUGAUCGUUAUAUUUUAUUUAUAGAAACAAUCAUAAUUAUAAAAUACUUUUAUAGUGAUAAAAGUUGAAAUCGUAUUAUUCGUAUUAUUAUUAUACGUUUCAAAGUGUUUCUACGAAUCCACAUGAAUUCACUUGAAGACAACUGGUUCUUCGAAACAAUCGUUCUUUCAACAAGUGAUACGAUACGACUGCGUGAAAUAUUAAAAUUUAUGCAAUUUGUGUUCCCACAAUUUCAUACCGACCGCGCAUCGCUAUUCUCCCUGUGAUUUUAAUAUCGAUUCUUCCUCUUCGUUGUUUCUUCGUCGUGAAUUAAACUAAAAGUGGGUAACGCAAGGCUAUGUUCCUUUUCAUUAAUACAAAAUAUUCUAUCUAAAACUAAAAGUGAUACAAAAGAAUUUUAAGUAAUGCUAUCACGAUUCAAUGAAAUAAAUAAAAAUUUAAAAAAUUAUACUUUGUGAAAAGAGUUCAAUGAAUUUCUGACGUACAUAAAUGUGAAAUAUGAAAUUUAUAAUAAAUUUUUAAUUUAAAAAGCAAUUUAAUUUAAUAAAUCAUUUGCAAUAAUUUUACAAAAGUCUGCAUAAUAGUUUUAUGUUACUAAAGAUUGUGUUAUAAUUUGCUUCGAAAAAAAUAAUACUGUUGAUCAAUUCAAGAGGUUGCCCACUUCUUAUCAAAGCCUUGUGCCAAUUUGAAGAAAGAUCGCGCGACGAGUGAGAAUCGAUUGCAUCGACAACCCUUAUAAGAUCAGCCCUAAUUAGCAAUGUCUGUUAGAUUAUGGUUCAGCCUAUGACAAAAAAAAAGAAUACUCAACUAAUUAUACGAAUAGAUCGUUGACGUCGAUGCAACUGAUCCUAAAGUGUAAAGAAACGAACAGUCGACGUAAUUCAGAGUCUCAACGCAUAGAUCACGUCGUAUAGUAGAGCUAUCUAGAACAUAUUCACAGUCGAAUCUUAUAUUUAACACCUUUCUAAGCAGUUAUCUAAAGAUGUCAUCAAUCGAUCGCAAAGUCGUAUUAAUAUCUUAACACACGGUCUUGAAAUUAGAAUCGACUAUGAAUACAGGCCUAGAUGUUCACAAGCUAGCAUUUCUCUCUUGUUCGUCCCCGUGUGUUCUUUUACGUGACGACAGUCAGGCAGCUUUGUCAUAUAACAUGGAAGAAUAUUUUCUAGAGUGUACCAAAAUAGAAUAUUACGAUCGGCUAACGUCUUUAUGAGUCCGUUGUUAUAAUAUAAUUCUCGAUUUAUAUCUCCUUUAGAUAUAAUCUGACUAAUCAAUGCGUUAAGUAUAAUUUAUUAUUUUUAAAGAGUCAUUUCAAUUCGCGAACGUUUACAUUUUAUUUAAAGCGAAACGCUAGUCGUAAGUGUUUAAUAAGUAUCUAUGUUAUCAUAUAUAGAAAAACUUUUAUGUGAUGUUAUAUACAAGAGAUGUAUUGUUUAGCUAGUUUAAUUAAGAUUACUAAUUGUUAUUGUGCAGAGGCACAAAAAAACGUCGGUUUCUUCUGUCAAAGUGCCAACGAAGUUGCUAUUCUGGGCACCUAUUUACAAUUCCGAUCGAAAACGCGAGCUUCCGACUAGCAAAUUCUGUAAUCGGUUUAUUGCCGUUGCGACAAAAUAAAUAGUGGCGAUCUAUUUCGAUUCGAGGAGGCUUCCAAUCGGAACGAUUUCGUUUUUUAAUUAUUCUAUCAUGCGUGUACUCGCAUAGAACUCAAAAACAUGGAAAAUCCUCCGAUAUCCGGCGAGCAAAAAAGAUUGAAAAAGACCGAACAUGGCUACGAAAAUCUUUAUGUAAUAGAAAAGACCGAGGCUAGUUUUUACACAGUUUUCGAAUAAUUUUUAUUUAAAAAAAUGGACAGUUGAUGUUCAAAUAUUACGAGCAUUAUAAAAUUAUUUAUAUCCUUUAAGCAUAAAAAAAUGUUACUUUUAAACAUAUUAUCGCACAGAGAAUUUAUUUAAUUUUAAACAAAAUUAUAAAAAUAUGAGACUCACAUACUGGGUAUCAAAAACCUACAACGAAAAAGAGAAUUUCCUAUAAAAUACUAAUUGAAAUAUAAGCUUUUUCCUACAACAAACUGGCCUCGGUCUAUCCUAAUAAAUACGUAUGUUUCUUCGUGUGUAAGUAGACCGAUUUCAAACUUUGCUAGCCGAAAACUCGCGUUUCCGAACGAAACCACAAAUAAACUGGUGUCCUGUUUCGGCGAUCAAGCUCCAAGUGUACCUUCAAACGUUCAAAUAUCUCUUGUUCAGAAAAAAAAGUUGCGAUCCUUAUUAGUGGCGCACUUUACUCACGUACUGUAACAUGUACUCGUGUUUACUCGCGGCACGCCGUGAACAAUCUCACAUGAGCGCUAUAUAUAGACAUCGAUAUGUGUCACGUACACUUCCUUGUACAUAAUUCUAGUUACAUAUUGAACAUGCAUUGCACUAGGCAGCCAUUACCGUUGUUGAUAGAUCUCACUGUACGAAGGAUGAUGAUUAUCGAUUGAUGCGAUUACUACUAAUGGCUACGCCAAAAUGUAAACGUUGCAUUAUCGCGUACGUAUAAGUAAGACGUACCGUUUUAUCGUAUUCAAUCACGAAACGGACGAGUAGGGUUUUGGGAUCUCCCCGCGUUCUCGCAAUCAAUAUGAUGGAAAAAAGACGCAGUACCUAUCUAGUAUAAAUCUUGUGCCAUUUUAUCGCGUUAACAAAGCAGCGUGAUGCUCCUCUUAUUGACAACUGUACUUUUAAGCUAUCGAUAAUAAUCAUAGGACAACGGCUUAUAUCGAAUAUAACGUGGAAAAGUGAUAAAAUUGCCCAAAAAUUUCUAAAGUCUAAUUAAUUUUCGUGCAGAUGCAAAUUUAUCGGACAUGAAUUUUUAUUAAUCAACCGCUUCAAGGGAAUUCAGUCUCGAUUUAGCAAAAAGUACGACAGCUUAAUUGAUCUUUAAUAUCGGGUAUCACCGAUGAAAAUGAGAUUAACGCUUGGUAUGUGCAAAAACAACAUUAAUUCAACUGAAUUCACGGUUCGGCGAGACCUCGAUGUUGAAAAUAGUAGUUUCGAUUCUGCAUGAGAAUUUCGGAGCCGGCGCGGGAAAAAUUUCGGAUAAAUCAAUUGCAACAAAAUUAUCACAACUCGAUACCCAUCGCAGAUUUUAUAUAUAAUAUAAAUAUAUUAAUCUGGAUAUAUAGUAUAUUAGUCGAGUUAAGCGUUAAAAUAUGCGCAAGAAGCACUCGUCAUUAUUCUAAUCACAAUUUAAAAAUCUCUCAGCCUCUGUGAAUGUAACUGUCGUUGAAAACUAUGAUAUAAUUGCUACGGCUAAUUGCGGGUGCUGUAAAGAGUACCGUCUUAACCAAAGUUACCUCAUUUCUUAAUGUCGAUGCGGCACUGUAGAGAGAUUGCCUCUCUCUAUUCACUUCUUCGAUUGAAAUUAUCUCGCGGCUACACGACGUAGAAUUAAUCGGUCCGACUCGUCAAUCGCGACGGUAUCUACAACGCUACAAACGCAUUUCGCAGCAUCUUUUAACACGAUAAGAUCUACCCCUUCUUCCCCCUUUUCUCGCAAGACCAAACGAAAAAGUGAAAGAAUUACUUAUCGGUAAAUGUAAGACAGAAGAGAGCAAGACUUGUAAAAAUCUUUAACCGUUUAUCUAUAUUAUACAAGUACGCGAAUUAAUGAUGGAGAUGCAGACGUAAAGUAGAGUAAAUUAAUGAUGAUUAACGAUUACUUUAAAUUUUAAAUUCUCGAAAAAUAAUUGGAUAUUUAAUAAACAGCAAUUAAUUUAAAAUCCAUAAUGAUCAAUUGACAUUUUCAGAAAAUAUUUUUAAGAAAAUUUUGAAAAUUCAUACACUGUUUACGUACAAAUAAACGUUACAAUCAAUAUGCGUUAUUUGUAUUACGUUUACAUACAUACGGGCGGAAUUCUUUUUGGUCCAUUUCCAGUUAUACGGGUUAAGUGCGUACAAAAGGUUAGAGAGAUUCGCGAUAGAAAGGAUUUUUAGUAGGGAAAUAUCGUACGCGCGCGGGAGUAAAAAGUUUUGCGCAUAUUCUCCGUUCUAUUUUUUGAGUAGCACUCGAAGUAGAUGCGCGAGGAGCGCUAUUGUUGAAAGAGAGCGCAAGUAGGGAGCUUUAGAUCCCCUUCAAGUUUUCGCGUGCGUAUAUCUCCAGUCGUAACUCCUCGAAUGUCUUGAUAUCCGCGGAAUUCUACCUCGCGGACUUUCGCACAUUUCUUGUUAGCUCGAUGAGAAGCAGAUAUUAAACGUCAAUUUGAGAUUCUUCCAAGAAAAUGUGCAAUAAGAUAAAUAAAAGACUAUUUUGGAAAUUUGUGUUUAAUAUUAAAGAAAAAAGUGACUUAAAAUUUCGAAAAUAAAAACAAAGAUCUGCAAUUUUUGGAUUUUUAAAGCACAAAAGAUUUACAAAACUGUUCAAGCCUUUACUUCUAACAGUACUUUGGAUAUCUACAUUUCUCCACUGGCUUCUUUAUACUUCAUUGCGCGUGCGACUUUGCGGAUACAUUUCCGCGAUCCUCCUAAUAUUAACAAUUCAAAAUUUCUGUACAUACACUCGAUUUGUUUGUCGCUAGCGAUUACAUAUAUACAUUAAUACAUGUUCAAUAUAUAAUACUAUUAUUGCGUGUGAGUGAUUAGCGUACAAGGAUUGGAUUUUGCGUGUCGAUGUGUAUUUGUAAGUGUGCAAUGAUGUUCCUUCGACUAAAUUAAAGCGGAAAGCUAAUCGAUCACAAAUCAUCAGCUGGUUGUGAGUAAAUGUUAACUAAGUAUCAACCAUACUAAUUCAGAGACUCAAGUGCGCGCGCGGUGACUGUUGGGCAAGCUUGACUCUUGCGGAUAUAUAUAAUAGAUAAACGCUAUUAAUAGCUGUUUAAAAUGAGUCGAUAGACUCACUUUGUUUAAAUACUGUACAUAAGUCUCUCUUAUAUUUUACGUAGUUAAAGGCAGAUUAUAUAUCAAGCUUUAGGCGAGACGUAACAAAAUUGCAGCGAAAACCAUUUUGCCCAACAGCAACGAUCGCCACUCUCUCGAUACUAUUUUGACAUGCAGUGUAAGUAAUGUUACGACUGUAUUAUCUAAUCUUGUUCGGACAGAAUCAAAAAGUCACUCGAGGAUUGAAUCAAAGAAGAGGAGUAACGGAGUAUCGUAAAUACAAAAGUUGGAGUUUUAGCUAUAUCGAUGCGUAAACACGUACGCACACAAAGUCUCGCUAUUGUCUUUGAUUCAAUCAGGAUUUUAAUGUUGUACAUGUUUAUAAGCUGCUAAGAGAACUAAUAUAAAUAGUUGAUAAUUUCGUUGUUCAAAAAAAGAAAGAAAACAGAGAGACAGACAGAGAAAGAGAGAGAGAGAGAGAGAGAGAGAGAGAGAGAGAGAGAGAGAGAGAAAGUUAGAGAAAAAGGGAGAAAAUAUAACAAGGAAGGCUAAUCUCUAUUCUUGAAUAUUAUACAGUAAUCGUUAAAGCUGUCUAUUGUCUAUCAAAUAUUUUAUAUCUUCGAUCUGUAUACAUUAAAUAGAAAAUAUUCUUCUGUAUA